AUGACGGCGCCCAAGAACCCCAAACCGGGCCCACAACAACAACCCUCCUCCCACCCUCCCACCUCGGCCACGCCCCUCCAAGAACUCACCUCCAUCUCGCAGCUCCUGCACCUCACGCACCACCGCAACAAAAACCAGCACCGCCUCGCGAAGUGGUACAAGCCGUUCUCGCAGCUGCGGCGGCAGGUGGGGCGACUGCUCCCGGAGCUUGAGGCGCUCGAGGUGGCGGAGAGAUUCUCCGGCUCGGGAAAGGAGAACGGGGAGGCUGAGGGCAAGUAUGUGAGGGCAGCGCGGGAACGGGUCGAACGGAGGGUGCGCUUCCUGGAAGAGUGGAUCGUGGAGAAGUGUUACUUGGCCUUCUCGAACGUUAUUGCGGACCAGCGAUAUGCUGUUCUGGGCUUAUUCCUCAUGGCGACGCUAGCGAGGAUGCAGGCUGUCGUGGAGCAGUGGUCCGUUGGAGUGGGCGGUGAUAGAGAGGGACAGGAACAGGGAAAGCAAAAGGAAGGUCAGAUUGAGAGGGCUUUGGAGAGUGCGCCUGGAGAUGAGUUUGACCUUGGAGAAGUUGUCACGAGGGAAUCAGUCAUGGAGGAAGCCGAAGCAAAGGCUGCAUCGGAACCGAAAAAAAAGAGGAGAGCCGCACACGAGAUUGGUCUGUCGAAUCCUUCCAAGCCGAAGAAGCAAAAGAAGAAAAAGAAGGGAGGCGAUGCGUUUGAUGACAUGUUUGCCGGUCUGCUUUGA